CCGCACUCUUGGCAGCAGCAGAUAAAAAAGCAAAUCACGAAAGGAUCGUAUUCGAGCUCUCUCCCUCCUGAGUCGAUUGGCAUAUUAUAUACGAACGAGUCUGACAGCUGAACAGAUAAUUCAUAAUUCUAAUCGUCAUGGCUGAGGCUCCGAUCGUGUCGCAUGGACGCGGUGGACUUGGUAACAUCGGUGCCGAUGCGACGGAAUACGCAGACGCUGAAAUAGUCCGCGAAGGCACCUACGGCGAUCAAGGCGAUGGCGCAUACUCGGCCGGUCGCGGAGGAGCAGGAAACAUCGGCUCCCCGCACGUCCGUCCCACGUCGCAACCGCAUGAUGCUGAGGUGAUCCCGGAGUUCGCUAUUAGGCCGUCGAUGGAUACGGGGGAUUAUCAUACUGGUCGCGGCGGUCAAGGAAACGUCCACGUAGACAAGGAGAAAGAAGAGAAAGCAGAGAAAGAGAAGGAAAAGGAAAGGGAAAGUGAACAAAAGAAGGAGAAGCGCAAGUCGACGUCUGUUGAAGGAUUGGCGGAUAGGUUGAAGCGAAAGUUGUUUGGGAGGUUGUGGUGAGCCCUUCUUAUGCAACAGCAACGACAAGUCGAUAUUGUUAUUGCAGGGCUCUAGGCAGGUUAAUUUGUUUUUUUUUUUUUUUUGUUCGUUUUAAUAUAUCCAACAGUCCCACUUCAUUGAAAUUUGAAUACAACGAAAAUUGAAUUGAAUACAU